GCCAAAAAAAAAAAAAAAAGGGCCUUCAUCGCCAAAAUGACUUUGUAGUACAACUACCAAAAAAAACACGUAUUUAACUUUGGUCAAUACAACUACUUAAAGAGGAGCUGAAGGGAGACUAUAAAAAGUCAACACACCCCGGUUCAAAGGAUAGGGUUUGGCAAGGAGAAGGGGGGCUGAGGUCAAACAUGAUGUACAAGCCUCGUGAUGCCUGGCAGAUUUCAAAAAUAAAAUGCAUGAAGGUAGUUAUUUUUAAUAUUGAGGAGCUAAAACGCACUAGGCAGAUUCUUGAGCACCAGCUUUUUGCUACGUAUUCGCGUGCCUGCAAAACAAUUGGGGCAAAGGUCAUGCUGGAACAGGAAAAAAUAAAGAAAUGUUGUGAAAAAUGAACAUUCAGAAACAAACUCAUGAAAGGGGGCUUAACCUGUGUCGAACAGGAGGGGGCGGGUGAAGAAUUGUGUCCAUAAAGUGCAAAAACAUAAUUCAUCAAAAUGAAGGUACGCUCCCAAUAAUCACACUUUGGCCAAAACUCUCGUAAUAUCCUCUCCUGAGAUAUCGUGAGACUGUCCAGAACCAAAGUUGUUGUAUUUUUGUCAAGACAAGACAAAGCCUGACCCACACGCGUUUGUUGGCCAAAAAAAUGGCUUUUCAUAGAAAACUCCCCCACCGCUGUUUAAAAAAAAAAAAAAAAAACAACUCUCUGUACUACAAUUUGUGUAAUUUUGACAUUCAAAAGACGGCGGAGGAAAGUACGAUGCUGCUUUUGCAUGAAUGUGCAGACAGACGUGCACAAAUUCUGGUAAAGUGACGGAAAACUGACAGUUGAGCAAAUUCAACCGAAAUGAAAGCCUUUGGCCAUUUUUCAGUCAACCUCUCAGCACCAUUUAUUAGAAUAAUGAUGUUUUUUUUUUUAGCUGAAUGUCCAAAUUUGCUGGUUCAUUUCCAUUGAUUUCGACUCUUCCAGUUUGUCUCUUCUCGCUCUCUCUUGAUCGGCUUGUUAAGAGAAGGGGCUACGCAAAUAUCUCAUUUUUAAGCUUCCUCCUGAAAAGUUACCCGCAAGCCGUACGUGCGCAACGUUUCGCCGUAUCCCGCUAGAUUGUUUUCUGUAGAUAAGAUAAGAGCAGAACGUGGGGGUCAUCGAAGUCAUUCGCGGCUGCCGACAUAUUUGUCCAAUGUUCAUCAUCGAGUAUGUUUUCGUCAAGCGGGCGUGGAAGAGGUUCUCGUCCAACUUCCAGAAGAAAUUCUGGGUUUUUUUUUUUUUUUUUUACAAACACUAACAGCAGAUCCCAGUCGAUGGCGGCGUUGCAUUGCCUUGAAUUUGAUGUCAGCACAGCUUUUGCGUUGAAGAUAAAGAUUCGGUUGUCAAUCAAGAAAAGACGUUUCUGGUCACUUCCACUCGAGUCUGACGCAGCCGGUAGUAGAACGCGUGAUCCGAUUAGGAGAAAAGUGAACGCAGCUUACGGAGUGAACAGAGAAGACCGUGUCAAAAAGCCGCCGACAUUCGGGCCGAGUCGCGCGCUGAGCUGAGUCAGCGUCGCUCGUCAUGUUGUCACCUUCUCAGUUUUGUUUUUCCACUUUGAGGUGUCACAAAAGAAAAAACAUUUCCAUCUGUCUUACCACACUUUCGGGUCCAAAAGCCAAAUGACUACGUUGGCGUGGAAUCGCUGAGGCCCCGCGUGGGGUUUUCCUCGGGUGACUCCGCAACGGAGCCUUGCGACUGUACUUUUCUUCGCACUCGCAACAUUGAAGUCAACAAAAAAAGCAGUCGAACAACAAAAGACUGAAAGCGUUGAAGGGUGAGUGAACGCCAACGCUCGUUGAUGCGCUUUGCUACUGGCCGGCGUCCGCUCCGGGGUGUACCCCAACCUCUCGCCCGGAGUGAAGGUAACGAGAGAAAAUGGAUGGAAGCUGAAAUCCCAAAUCAAAGUUUCUGCUGUCUUCUGUUCCAAAUAUUUUUCUCAUCUGAAAUCCAGAAAUCGGCAUGCAAGGGAAGCUCCAGGGCAGGUUUUAUGACCGCGCUGUGAUUUUCCUCUGCUGAGAUGAAAUCAUAUACGCGGCAGCUCACCUCGAAUAUUUUCUCGUGUGUUGUUCAACUGAGUUUGUUUCUCUCUGCGAAACGAGCGGCGUGUACACGUUGCAGACGAGAAGAGAUUCCGGAUUUUGUUUGGGGGGGUUUUUUUUUUUUUUCCUCGCCGGGUUUGUUCCCUGCUAAUAUCAAAACACAAGUUUGGGACUGCAAAACGGUUUCAGACUGACAGCUGCAGAGGAAGGAAUGCCGGCGCAGGAAUUUAUAGCGGAGAGCGGGGAAAGGGACGCGACCGCCCGGCCCGGCCAGGCCCGGCCCGGCCCGGCCCGUUUGCUUUUCAGCUUUGUUAGCGGUCACAACUGGAACUGCAAAUACUGCUGGAACUGUGAACCUCCACAUGAGUCAAGUCAAAUUGCUGCAAGUGAACUAAAAAGAAAUGCUUGCAUGCUGAAUUGAAUACGAUGACAAUGACAACAUUUUAUGCUUUCUUAUGGAAUUUCAAAGGUUCCCUCUCGAGUGCAAAAUGGAAUCACGGAGACUUUCUUUCAAGCGUUUUCCCAGCCGCUUUUCCCCCGCUCCGGGGAGAGGCGGGGUACGCCCCGAACCGGUCGCCGACCCAUCGCAGAAAGUGACUUUCUCAAAGUAACGUCACUCUUUACAUUUUAUUCCCUUUCGGUGACUUUUGGUCAUUUAAAAUGAACGCACCAAAAGUACUCGAGAUGGUCCCUCUAAAACAAAAACAAACAAAAAAAUAUGGAUCUCUAUUUUAGAAUUAAACACAUAUUUGUUCUGUAUACAAGUAACAAACUAACUGAAAUGCAAAUACAUAAUAAAAGUACGUGUACAGCAUGCGGAAAACGUGAUGCCACGUGAAAAAUGCACAAAACGUGGACAAUUCAUCGCUUAUUAGGACGACAACCCCGAUAGGUGAAUGUUCCAGAGUCUAAAAUGAUGACGUGCUCAAAAGUGUAACUGAGUGGAACCUUUUCAAAAUCUCAGACAAGCCAAUAAAUUGCACCACGAGGUCAUAUUUGGCGAAAAAUGACAUGUUUGAGACUACGCCAGAACGGCCAGAGAUGGCGAAUCACAAGCGUCGGCUUAAGAAUGAGGAAGUCAUGUGAGAAAAAAUGAACAAAUGAGAACUCGAGAGCUUUUGCGGUCAUUUUUCAAAUGUCAUUAAAAUUGUAACGGUAAUUUAAUCCCAUCUUUACAUUGUAAUCAAAUGGAUUACAAUGACAUCAUCUGGUUUCAUGUAGUUAGUCGAUCAUAAAAAAUAAGAAUCAUUUUUUUUGUUUUCAAGUGUUUGGUUGUUCUCGAGUGAAUUCACAACACGGCUCAACGUUACGACGUCGCACCUGGCGAUGGACCUCGAGACGCUGACGCAGGCCAAAUCAUACAGAAAUGAUAUGGAGCGCUUCGUGGAAACUGCCUGCCCCCCCCAAACAAAAAAGAAAAGAAAAGAAAAGAAAAGAAAAGAAAAGAAAAGCCACAUGUUGUGCAGACUGCAGACAGUGCAAAAGAUUCACAGUUCCGAAAGCCCAGUGCAGAAAAUCAGCAGCAGCAGCAGCGACCGUGGGGGGGGGGGAAGAGUAUUAUCAGGAGAACGAGCAAAAGCCAGCGUUAUUUUCCAGCGCCGGUGUCGACACGACAAGGGCCAAACUUGUUGUGAAAUUCGGGACCGGAGGAGCCGCUCGGCGGUUUUGCCGCUUAUUAGGAAACUUGUAAUUCCAGCUCCCGAAAUCCCCCCGUACGACGUGCGAUGUUAUUUGCUGACACGAUUGUUGGUCAAACCGCAAGCUGCGAGUGGCUCACGUCGAAAAAAAUCAAACAAGCGCAAUAGUUUGCAUAUCUCGCGCGAGGGUUCCCUCGGAGCGGCUCGGGAUUGGGUGGUGGGAGGACCGACGGAGCAGCUUAUUUGAACUCUGCAAAGCGCCGCUGCACAAAACCGGACAACCUUCCCCCGACUCUGUAAUCGGAGACUGAAGUCCCGCCGUCAGCGCCGGAGGAAAGACCCGGGCGGGACUAUUUUCACCCUUUCUGACCGACUUUCUCCGGGAUGGGCGUCGACCGCGCCUCUUUGGCUCUGUCGGGCUUCCUUUGCACCUGUUGACUCGGGAGAGAAUCGGCUCGGUCGCGGCGAUGGCAUCCGACGGGCUCCUCGCUUCGGAGGACCAGCAGAGGGGCCGACCGAACGGCGGUUUCGUCAGCGCUCACGCCGCACAACUGCUGCGAUACGGGCGGACCGCCGAGGGCAGCUCCUCCGUCAAGUACAGAAGCUACGGGUCUCGCUUGGGCGGGGUCAAAGUCCGCCACAAGAGACAAGUGCUGCAGGACAUGGCCCGGCCUCUCAAACGUUGGCUGUACAAACAUCGGGACAACCCGUACCCCACCAAGACCGAGAAGGUUCUGCUGGCUCUGGGCUCUCACAUGACUCUGGUACAGGUGUCAAACUGGUUUGCCAACGCCCGACGGAGGCUGAAGAACACGGUGAGGCAGCCGGACUUGAGCUGGGCCUUAAGGAUCAAACUGUACAACAAAUACAUCCAAGGAAACGCCGAGAGACUGAGCGUAUGCAGCGAUGACACCGACUCGGACGACGACGAGCGUCGCUUGGAAACGGCCAUCCGCCCGUCGGACGCGGGGAGGUCCUCGACCCGCACGUGCGGGACGGAGAACCGAGCGGGCGUCCUCAACAUGGCCGACGGCGGCGCUUCGCCUCCGUCAAAGUACAAGAGCAGCUUGCUGAAUCGCUACCUGAACGACACCUUGCGCCACAUGAUGGCGGCGGGCGAAGCCGACGGCGUCGCCGUGAAGAGGAGGAGCCGCUCGGAGUCCUUCAGCUCAAACGAGUGCGACCGAGACGCCGUUUCCCCGACGUCCUCCUGCGGCGCCGACGCCAACUUCAUCUACCAAAUGGAGACUUUGGACUACGCAUCGUCGAAAUGUGACAGCGUUCAGCCUCGGGAAAGAGGUCAGCGGGGCGAAAACCGCCAAGACUGGCGAGAGAUCAACGCCGCCGUGGCGCUGACCAGCCUGGCCCACGGGCAGAACCGCAGGAGCGACAGAACGCCGCUCGGCACCGCCGCGGGCCUGAGCCGCCGCAGAGAGCCCCUGUCCGUCACCGGGACCAACAUCCCCCGGCGGACGCCCGUCGCGGCGCCCGCCCCGGCCAGCCGCGUCAUCCAGAAGUCGUCCCACAUCUCCGAGGUGCAGACGAUCAAAGUUGGCACCGUCUGACAAUUUCUUGACUGAUUCUUUUGCCGUGACAAAAUUCUUUGUAAAAUCUCAGCCUGCAUGUGUGUGUUUGACAAUGUUUUGUUUUUUUAAUCAUGCCUUUCUUUUGCGUUCUGUUGCAGUAAGUUAACUUGUUUUGAGACUGGAUCAUCAUCCAAUGCCAUUCAUUUGUCAGCAACGUUCAAAUAAACUUUUUACAAUGCGGUUACUUUUAUCCUUCUAGUACAUAAAAGUAAAAAAAAGAAAAAGUAAACCCUCGCAUCACCUGGAAAACGGUACCACACCGUAGAAAGUUGUUACAAUUCACAAAUUUGGAUUUGGAAUCUAUUUUCUUGAGGGGACAAAAACAUCUGAACUCGACCCAGCAUCCAGCGCGAAGCCCGGAACGGACAACAUAAAAAGGUGCCAAAUAUUUUCCUCCCGAUGUUUUAGUCUCGUGUCAUAUUGAAUUGUGACCUUGGCUACAGACACGUUCAAAUUGUUUGAAAUGUCUGACAGCAGUAUGGAAAGAACCCACUCAGCGAUCAACCCGACUGAAGCGCCAGCCAGCCAGCCUUUCGCCACUCGAGCCGUCUUUCCCGUGAACGCCACCGGAGGGAGCCUCGUGCUCCCGCUGCAAUGCACCAGAGCAGCGGGCGGGAACCUACGGCUCGCGAGCCAUAUCUGGCUCUUUUGAUGUUGCAUAUGGCUCAUCACUACAUACUGUUCAAUGUCAUUUCUGUCACGUGGGCAACGCAAAUGAGCGGAGACAGUUUGUCCUAGUGGACUUGCCGUAGUCGGCCGGAGAAGGGUCCGACGCAGAGCAGCUAGCGACAACUGACAGUGCAAACAAUCGCUCAGAGGAAGGGGGGGAAAGUUGUCCAGUUUUCAGCCACCGACAGAUGAAUGAGGAGGCCAAAGCGGUGGUUCCUGAUGUUGCCAAUGAACUUUUCGCAUCAAGGCAAGAUCAUCAAACGAAUAAAAGACGUGCUAUUGUCGGCGAGAACUGGUCACCAUCGUGACGGCAAAUCAAACUGAAUUACGGUCACGAUUAUCGGAUCGGAUGGACGUCUCCACACCUGCAUGAAGCUUCAUCAAAUGACGUAUGAAAGACUAGAAAGCAACCAGCAAAACCAAAAGUCGCAUUCAUGGGGAAAAAGUACUUUUGUCAUCAUUGCUUAGCAUCGUCAUAAAAAUAUUCACAGACUUAUCGUACUCUAAAAGUGUCGCUCAAACACACCUGGAUCGAGUUUUUAAAAUAUUGCAAGGCUCUUUUGAAAUGACUUUUUGGCAUUUGCGGCCGUCUCAGCCCGAAAGGUUCCCGCCCCCUGCACCAGAGGGACCUGCGCGCGGAAGUGCCAGGACGAGCCGGCCGUGCGGCAUUCACACAAUCGCGGACGGCAAAAAAAUGCAACCUGGAGCUAUGGAUGAUGUGAAAUUGUCACAACUGUUAUUGCCAUCGUAUGACGCCAAGCGCGGCUUUUAGAAGUCGUGCAGACCAUUUUUUGAACUUGUAUUGGCAGAGUGGGAAGGGCAAAGGACGGCAAUUGAGCAACUGACACCAUUUUUAUCUUCACGCCACCGUUUGCUGUCAAAACGGUGGCGCCAUUUUGUAUGAUUGCCUCAAAUUUGGAACAAUCAACUUCAUGAAAAGGGGACGUCAACGUGCGUCUGUUUCAGCCUGGGAGGAGACGCAAAGACCCGAGAAAAGAGCGUAAAGAGCUUGUUGGAUUUGAAUUGUAUUUAUUUAUUUACGAGGGCCUUUAGCGUUCUUGAUGAAAUGAUAUCAAAAAUGAGAGGACGCUGAUGACGAUCAAGGAGGAAGAAAGGAUCGCUUUGCUGCGUCGUCGAGCGGCGCAUCCUGACGCCAAACUUCAGCUAACCCCUAACCCUAACCCUAAACCCUUACUUGACUAAACGUCAUUAGCGACAGCUUUCCACUCCACUCCACUUUUUUUUUUUUUUUUUU